GCGAACUGGGAACAGACUGGCUGAGGCUCGCAGCUCUCAGUCUCUUCUCUGUGCUUCGCCAAGCAGCUUCUCUGUGCUUUCCUCUUUCUCUCUCGCCCACAUCGGCUUUAAUACUCUUCUUGCCUGAGCUUACAAGAGGAAACGUAGCAACAGAGGGGCUCGCUCACUCGCUCGCACCAACUUCGCCCACGCCAUGCUGCCCUGGAGAAGGAAUAAGUUUGUUCUGGUGGAGGAUGAGGCGAAGAGUAAACCCAAGAGCCUGGGGACUGGACUGACAUACCACUCCAUCCUCUCUUCUCUGCUGCGCUCCUGUCCUGACUUGCUACCCGACUGCCCCUUUGACUGGGUGGGUAGCAUCUUCCACACAAAACGGCAAAAGGUUGAACUGAAUAAAGAGGAGCCGGUUUAUAAUGUGCGCUACUUGGGAAGUGUGGUCACCAUUACGGCAAAGGGAGAUGGCUGCACCCAGGAGGCGGUGGCCAAAAUCUGGGCGAGGAGCAACUAUGGGGACCAGAGUGUCAAGAUGAGGUUAACAGUGGGACCACAAGGGAUCCGGAUGAGUGCCGACAAAUCCGGGAAAAAGAAACCCAUCCAUCUUUACUCCCUGAACAGGAUCACUUAUUGCACCGCUGACCCGUGCCGGCCCAAGAUCCUGGCUUGGAUUUAUAGGCACCAGGUCAAGAACAUGGCGGUGGUGCUCCGGUGUCACGCAGUCCUGGUUAGUAAGUCGGAGAAGGCCCAGGCAAUCGCCCACAGCCUCUACCAGAAUGCCACCUCCGCCUUCAGCGAGUUCAAGCGGCUGAAGCGUCAGAGUGAUUUCCGGCACUGCCAGCAGCAGCUGCUCGGUGAGGAGGCAGUGCCCCUGAUGCCUCUGAGGAGGCUGCUGAACGGGCAGUGCCACUACAGACCGCCUGCCGACAACCCCGGGACUGCCACCCGUCUCUGCUCCAUCACAGAGGAAGAGGAAGAGGAGGAGGAAUGUGAGAAGGAGAGCAAAGAUAGAAAGGAAGAGGUGAAGGAAGCGGAGGAGGAUGUAAAGGAGCAGCAGGACAAACAGAAGGUUUUAACGACAAACACAGACCCGACUCAGUUAUUAUCAAAGUUGGACAUUGGGGAUAUUGCUCGACUGGAGCAGUGCCAAAUCAACUUUGUCAGUGACAGCAACAACAAUACAUUUACCUUUAUAACCUCUCUGGUGUGACUGUAACACAGUUUAAAGAGUGCAAUUCUGCACUACAAUGACACAUUCCUCUCUCUGCCCUUCACUGGUACCCCACUCAGGCUCCCUCCUGCCCCAACCAUGUAAUGCAAAGUGUUUACCAGAAACUUCUCCAACUUACCGGGUGGACAAGAAGAGGCAGACGAUCGUUUGUGGGAGUAAUUCCUACUCUGCCCGGAUGCCUCGGAUUCGGGCUUGACUGUAGCAGUUUGGGAAACUGCAUGUUUACACAGGAGGGCUGGUGAUGCACAGACUAACAGCAGCACAAUGACAAAUGAGGACACUGGGUUCAGAAAACACGGGAGUGCUGAGAGACGCUGAGAUCGCUGACAUUUGUGUCACAUAUUGAUUGCAGCACCGAUCAGGAUGUAAUUAGUAGACCUCUGUCUCUUAUUUUUGUGAGUAUAUUUCAAGCCUCGUUUGUAAACAGGGUCGUUUUUUGGACUGACUUGUGAUAUUUUUCAGGGAGGUUCUUUGUAAAUUUGUGUAACUUUUCUAAAAUGACAAUCCUCAUUAAAAUGACUCGCAGACUGACCUUUCCCAGCGAAGAAGUUUAUUACGGUUUUACUAAUGAUAGCAGCCGACUAAUGAAUAAGGCUAUAAUUUAGGAGGCAAGCCAUUGAGUCGACAUGUUUAUUGCUGCCAUUUGUUAAGGUCCUUAUCAUUUAUGCAUGACAAGUCAGCAGUAACCUUUUUCGUGCUGAGCUAUUGUCUUUUUUCUCAUGACAUCUUUGAUCCUUUGGCUUUUAAAAUGAACACUGUGAUAAAUGCGUGACCAGGGACUAUUACAUAACUGUUCAUGCAGCAUUGAUUAAUUCUUAUAAUGCAUCUUUUAAAAUAUAUAUUUAUGAUUUGCUAAAGCAAAAACAAACUGUUUGCCACUGCUCUGCCCGUCUUAGUUUUGCUAAUGCAGUUUUUCCAUGAGCCCUUGCAAAAAUGCAAAUGACCCUCACUAUUGAACACAAGUGUUUGAAAUAUGACUGUAGCUGAUUUCCUGUUGAUAAUAUCUGUGCUACUGUCCCAAGAUGCAUUGUGAUUACUAUGAGAUGAAGCUAUUUAUUUUCCAAAUAUGAUGAAUAAAAAUUACCCUUG